GCCCUUUGCCAUCGUCUGAAAUCUCUUUCUCCGCUGUUGCUCACGACGUGCACCACUUUCCGCCGUCGACAGCAUUUGCUGAGCACUACCCACAACAACACUCGGUCUUACUUGCCGAAUCUCCCGCCGCCACUUGCAUCUUUCCUCCGUUCACCCCACGAUGAAGAAAAAGGUUCUGUUAAUGGGCGCCUCGGGCAGUGGGAAGACCUCGAUGAGGUCGAUAAUCUUCUCAAACAACCCUGCCUCCCUUACCGCACGCCUGGGCGCAACGAUAGACGUCGAGCAAAACCACGUUCGUUUCCUCGGCGACCUCAUCCUCAACCUCUGGGACUGCGGAGGCCAAGAUGCAUUCAUGGACAGCUACCUCACCGCACAACGCGCUACCAUCUUCCAACAAGUUGGCGUCAUGAUAUACGUCUUCGACGUCGAGAGUCGAGAGAUGAACAAAGACCUGGAGUAUUAUCGGGAUUGUCUGGAGGGAUUGCGACAGUUUAGUCCCGACGCUGCUGUUUUCUUGCUAGUGCACAAGAUGGAUCUUGUGCGGCAGUCGAGACAAGCAACAUUCAACAAGAAGAGGCAGGAGUUGAUUGAGAAUAGUGGGGAUAUCAAGAUUGAGGUCUUUCCAACGAGUAUAUAUGACGAAAGUUUGUAUAAGGCCUGGUCCAACAUUGUCCACACCCUCAUCCCAAAUGCCAACAUCCUCGCAAAGCACCUAUCAACAUUCGCACAAGCGUGCAGUGCAACCGAAGUUAUCCUCUUCGAACGAACUACCUUCCUUGUCAUCGCGACUUCCACAUCCUCGACGACAGCAGAUCCCUCUGCCCUUUUGGCGGACUCGGACGACAAGGAAGACGGACCGACAGACUCGCUAGAUCCAAAGCGAUACGAGAGAACUUCCGAGUUGAUCAAAGGUUUCAAACAUUCAUGUUCUCGUGUUCGGGGAGAGUUCCACUCUCUGGAAAUGGAACUAUGGGACUUCACUGCGGUCCUGGAUGAAAUGACCAGGAAUACGUAUGUCCUUGUCGUGGUACAUGACCCAACGAUAGAAACGGCUGCAUUGAAGCUCAACAUCCGCAUGGCCCGACAGAAAUUCGAAGAGCUGCAAGGGAACAGUCUGGUAUCGACAUCGUAA